CUGUGUGAUGACGUCAUGGACCUCAGUGACCGUGAGACCGUCUGUCAUGUUGAACGGAAAGAAAGCGUGCUGACGACGAACAUGAUGAAUUUAGCUGCUUUUGUGCACAGCCUGAGAUGUUCUUUGUUACACAUUGAAAGCAGACUUCUGCAGGCGUCCGGACUGACGUUAGACAAACAACUGGCUCCAUCUCUGGCAGUGAAUGGCCCCCGCCUGCUGCCUCAGGUCGACAGGGAGGAUGGGCAGGAGGAGCAGUCUCCUGGCCUCACUGACGGCAUCCUCUGGAUGGCCGUGCCCAAGAAGAGGCGCACCAUAGAGAUCAACCGCACCAGGAGGAGAGAUGAGAACAACCUCCUAAAAGUCAAGAACAACAUUGAGCCGUGCACAGAGUGUGGCCACUUGAAGCAGAAACACAUCAUGUGUGGCUUCUGUUAUGCAAAGGUGUGCAAGGAGACGGCUCUGAUUCGUCAACAGAUAACGGCGAUGGAAGGCGGCCCGCUGAGGGCUCCGGCCGUAGAGACCGUUGUCGUGUAUGAGGGUGAAACACCAAGUGAGCUGGACAAGGACAAGAGGAUUGUGGAGCGAGCCAGGAAGAGGCCCGCCUGGUUCAGCUAAAUAUAUUAAUACUGUUGACACAAUGAUUCUUGAUAUGAUGUAGGAAACGGCAUAUUUUGUCAAUCAGUAGUAGAGUUUUGUUUCCAUUGGGUAACUGUCGGACCAGCAUUUUUAAUAAAUAUCGCCACGUCAGACAUGUUAUGUUAGUGAACUGUACUAUAUGAAUGGUGUGUUGGUUUAGGACUUACACAGCCACAAAGUCAUUGGAGAUUUUCAACAUCAGAUCAUUGUCUUGGUGGUCUCAACUCAUAUUUCUGACUGAGAAAUGCAUUAUAAAUUUGAUUGUUUGAUAAUAAAUCUAUUAUUUGGAGAAAAAAAA